AGGGCCUCAAGUGCUUCUAGUGCCUCUGCAUCAGCUUUUGCCUCGGAGUUGAUUCCUUCUUUGUCUUUGUGAGAUGUCUGUGAGAACUCUCCCCCUGGUUUUCAUUAAUCUUGGUGGAGAGAUGCUUUACAUACUGGACCAACGCCUGCAAGCUCACAACACAUCUGAGGACAAUUCAGAGAAAGGGGUGUGGUCAGAAAAUGACAGAAAAAGAGUUAUGAAUGACAUCAUUAGGACCAUGUUUAGUAAACCCUUCAUGGAUGAACUUCUCAAGCCUCAGCAGCUGUAUUCUCACAGGACAGUGAAAACAGUGCUAACUCGGUUAGCGCACGCCUCCAUCAUGAGGCUCAACCCGGCCAGCAUGGACAGGCUUUAUGAAUUGAUGAUCAUGGCAUUCAAAUAUCAAGUUUUCCUUUGUCCACGGCCAAAAGAUUUGCUGCUCAUCUCUUACAAUCACAUAGACACUAUCAGAGAAUUUGUAAAAGACACUCCUGUGAUCAUGAACCAAGUGGACGAAACACAUAGGAAGAUCAUUGAGGUGUACUCGUGUUUAUCAGAAGGUGAAUUUCAGCUUCUCAGACAAACACUACUCGUAUUUUUUCAAGACAUGCAUGUUCGCGUGUCACUUUUCCUCAAAAAUCAAGUCCAGAAUCCCAACGGACGUUUUGCCCUGUCGACAUCAGGCCCAGUGCCUCAUUGGGGAGAUGUUCCAGGGCUUAUUAGGACGUUUGACAGUCAGGGCAGAGAAGUGAGACGAAGUGAGUUCCCCACAGGAGGAAGUUACACCAGCCCCAUCAGAGAGGGAUCUUUUGACCUGCAUGGAGACAGAGUGAUAAGACUGGGCAUGAACAUGUACACUGUGAACUAUCCAGAGGAGACACACACAUCCAAGGCUCUGUCUGCCAAGGUUGCCCUGCUGCAGACAGAUAACACUCCCAACCUGCUGGCCAAAGAGGAGCUGAACCUGCUGGCUCGCCUGAUGGGCAGCAUGAAGGCUGAGAACAUGCCCAAAGCUGAACCCGGCUUUCAGAUCAACCUGUUUAUUACUGACCUGGAGGAGGGGGAGGCGGUAGUUUCAAGUAAAGCUGAGGAGUCCUUGUUUGGAGUAAUAAACAUUCAAGCGAUGCAGGAUGAACAGGUGGCGAGUGAGCUGGCUCGAAUCGCUGGGCAGUUUGCAAGACGAGAAGAGCAGCCUGAAAACUCCAGCAGCAACAAAGGAGACGAUCUGCUGGCCAUGAUGGAUGACCUCUGACCCUGCUAUGGAUCCUGCUAUUAUCAUGCUGUGAUCCUGCUGCGAUCCUGCUGCGAUCAUGCUGCGAUCGUGCUGUGAUCUGGCUGUGAUAAUGCUGUGAUCAUGCUGUGAUCCAGCUGUGAUCCUGCUGUGAUCAUGCUGUGGAUCCUGCUGUGAUCCAGCUGUGAUCCUGCUGUGAUCAUGCUGUAUGGUGUCAACUUUCUGCCUAACUCUAGUUGAUGGCAGACUACUUAUCACAACUGAAAUCACAUUAUUGUUACUGUGAACACCUAUAAAACAUGCAGUUGAUGAUUUAUUCAGUACAACAAUUGAUGUUUGACAAUGAAGUAGAUCAGUAUGAUGUAAUCUAUGCACUAUGACUGACAUUACACAAAGAUCACUAGCAUGUGGAAAAGUACCACAGGAAUGGACUGUCUACAAAAUAAUGAUAAUCUGUUUUCUAUAUAAUCAUUUUAUGUUUUUCAAUAAAGCAUUUAUUCUUA